GGCUGUGGGCCCGGCGGUGUGGCGGCGGGGCCGAGGGAGGCGGGUGGAACCGGGUGGAACCGGCUGCCCCGGGACCGGGGUGCGCGUCCUGCUGGAGACGUGCUUUAACCCGCGGCUCCUUCCUCUUGUCAGGAGCGGCUGGAGAUGCCCGGGAGAGCGAGCGAGUGAGUGAGCAGGCGGCCGGGGGGGGGCUUCUCUCCGGGGCGGUGCUUCCCCGCUUCUCCCUUCCGCAGGAAGUGAGGGGGGUGGGUCGUGGCACUGCGAAGUGGGGAAGCAUGGUAGGGUGGCAAAACACAAAAGAACCUCAGAAUGUCUGUGAUUCCACAAGGGACAGCAACACUUCGUAAAGCAAAGAAAAUCACUGUAAAAACAUGCCUAGAUAACCCCUUUCUUCUUCAGUGGAAAACCAUAGAUGGAGAAGAUAUGCAUUUUAUACUGCAGACCUUAGAAGAAAGGAUUAAACAUACUGGACUUAAAAAGAUUGAGGCUCCAAGAAAGAAAAAACGUUGCCUUACAAAAAAACAAAUGAAAAGGAAGUGUGAUACUAGCACCAACGAACUCCCUAAAGAAGAGGAAACAGAAGGCCAUCAACAGAAACCAGGAUGGACUGACAUAAGUAUUAGAAGACAGCUUGCUAUUGGGGUUAAUGAAGUUACAAAAGCAUUGGAAAAAAAUGAGCUACUUCUCUUGCUGGUGUGCAAAUCUGCAAAACCUGCCAUGAUCACAUCACAUCUUAUUCAGCUGAGUGCAAGUCGAGCCACACCAGCAGGCCAGGUUCCCCGUCUCAGUGAAACAGUUGCUCCACUUCUUGGCUUAACAUCCAUUUUAGCUCUAGGCUUUAAAAAACAGUCUGAUAAAUUUACUGAAGCAAUAGAAGCAAUAAUUCCAAAGAUACCAGCUUUGGAAGUGCCAUGGUUUCAGUACAGAACUGAAGAAUCUGUGGCUUACGUACAUACGGAUUCUUCAGAAAAUCAGGAACCCGAGCAGCUUGCAGAGGUACUGGGGGAUGAGCUCACGAGCCAGAAGCGGAAGCGUACAGAAAGCAAUCAGCUCGAUCUUUCAGAUAUAAUUUUACAGCCUUUGAAAAUCAAGAAACUUGUUCCAAAUCCAAAUAAGAUAAAGAAGCCACCUCGCAAAAAGAAAAAAGCCUUUUCAGCAUAACUAAUUUUAGUUUGGUUUGUCAUAUUAAACUGAUUUUUUUUUUUUUUUAAUGCGGCAUGGAGUACAUCUCUAACUAAACUAUUCUGUUAGGCUUUACAGUGCAAAGCACCUGAAUACAAGGUGAACUUUAUGUUGCAUCCAGCUGAGGUACUUUUCUGCUUUAAUAAAGACUAUUGCUCAAA